AUGAGCUCAUCUCCUGGUGGCGGAAAGGGCCUGGAUCCGGACGACCUAUCAACAAAACAGGCCAAGGUUCUGAUGGCCUACGAGGCGGUGACACCAAAUGAAAUCUCGGUGGCGGAGAAUGAUAUCCUGAUCAUCUACCGCCUACCCGGCAUGGACCCCGAGUUUGUGAUGGCCGAAAAGGGAGGGAAUCGCGGCAAGGUCCCCAUUUCUUACCUUGAAGUACUC